AGAGAUUUGAGCUGUUGGUACCAAAAACAAAACAAGACUUAACACCUCUCCCUUAAAUUUCUCGAGUUCGAUAGAAUUCAAGGAUUGAAUUGAUAAAACAAUUUUACAUUUGGCGUAAAUUGAAUUGAAAAGCAUAAUUAUCCGCCGGAAGGCGGUGGAUCUGAAGGUGAGAAGUAAACGGGAAGAAGGAAGAUGGAGAACGAGAAUAGAGUGGAGAAGAAUAAUGGCAACGAGAUAAAGAGUUUGCUAGCGUUGAAAUCCAUAUUCUCUUUCAACGGAAAAAAGCGAAACGGUGACAGUGAAGGUGGCAAUGAUGCACCGGCUUACAACCCUUUACCUUUUCUAUCUUCACUCGCUAAUUCUGUUGUCUCUCGUUCUUGCAAGAUUUUGCAGGUAGAGAUUGAAGAGUUGCAACAUCAAUUUGAUUCAGAUCUUGUUGAUGAUGUUAAACAACCCUUAGUGUAUGCAAGGAACUUUCUGGAAUUUUGCUCCUUCCAAGCUCUUCAAGUUGUAACCAUCCGUCCUGAUUAUCUGAGCGAUAAGGAAUUCCGUCGGUUGAUGUUCGACAUGAUGCUAGCAUGGGAGGUCCCUGGUGUUGGAAAUCAAGAAACUACAGCCUCCGAUAAGAGGGAAGUGGAGGAUGAAGAUAGCUGGUCAUUGUUUUAUUCGGAUUCCACAGACAUGGCUGUUCAGGUGGUUGAUGAUAAAAAGACAGUUGGUGAAGAAUCAUUUUCACGAAUUGCUCCUGCUUGUGCUAUUGUUGCAGACAUUAUAACAGUUCACAAUCUUUUCGAUGUCCUAGCAAGUUCAUCAGGUCACCGGCUCCAUUUUCUUAUAUACGACAAGUACCUUCGGAGUCUUGAAAAGGUGAUAAAGGUGGUCCAGAAUUUCAGUGGACCUCAAUUGGUGUCCAACCUUUCACUUGCAGAGGAAGAGAUAGUGCUAGAGGUGGAUGGUACAGUUCCCACACAACCAGUUUUGGAACAUAUUGGAAUAUCUGCAUGGCCUGGAAGGUUGACAUUAACUAACCAUGCUCUCUACUUCGAGUCUGGGAUGGGCUUAUACGACAAGGCAGUGCGGUAUGAUCUAGCAUCCGACUUGAAACAGAUCAUUAAGCCUGAGCUUACUGGACCUUUAGGUGCUCGCCUUUUUGAUAAAGCUGUUAUGUACAAGUCCUCAUCUAUGAUGGAUCCUGCAUAUUUUGAAUUUCCAGAAUUUAAAGGAAGUUCAAGACGGGAUUAUUGGUUAGAUAUUUGUCUCGAGAUUUUCCAUGCUCACAACUUUGCUCGGAAGUAUAAACUCAAAGAGGAUCAGCAGUCCGAAGCACUUGCUAGGGCUGUUCUUGGAAUUUACAGAUACAAGGCAGUCAGAGAGGCUUUUAAGGUAUCUUCUUCCAAUUACAAAACCGUACUAUGUUUUAACUUAGCAGAAAGUCUUCCUAGAGGAGAUGCGAUCUUGGAAACUUUAUCAAGCCGCUUGAAACUCAUGAACUCUGCCGGCAAUCGACGUAGAUUAUUGGGUUCUCCUAGUGCAAGGAGACAGGUGAUACACCCAGUAUCACGGGUGUCACUUUGUAGACUUGGAAUCAUCUCAUGCAAGGACGUCGAUAUAAUUGGAGAAGCAACAAUGUUAGUAGGAGAUGUCUUUGUUGGUGAGGUAAAUCCUCUGGAAAAUGCGGUCAAGCAGUCAAUGAAAAACAUUGGAAGAGCUGAAGCUGCACAGGCGACAGUUGACCAAGUCAAAGUUGAAGGAAUUGAUACUAAUGUAGUGGUAAUGAAGGAGCUGCUUUUUCCUCUCAUCAAACCAAUGAACCAACUUCAACUAUUAGCUUCAUGGAAAGAUCCGUGGAAGUCGAUUUUAUUUAUGGUGUUUGUAAGCUAUGCUAUAAUCAGCGAAUUAAUUGAAUUUAAUAAUCAAUGGCGGAUGCUACCAAAAAGAGGGACAUUGGAUGGAAUUAUGGCACACAAGGAGCGACGAAAGAUUCGGUCAAUUGUUACUUUUGUGGGAUUACUUUCAAUGGUGGAAUAACUCGACACAAACAACAUUUAGUGGGUGGUUUCAAAAAUGUUAAACAAUGUGUCGCUUGUCCGUCGGAAAUUAGAGAAGAAAUAAGGGCUUAUAUGCAAAACAAAAUAGCUAAUAAUCCCAAAUUUCAAAUGAGGCAACCGGAAGAAUUUGUUGAUAUUGAUGAUCUUGAUGAAAUGGAUGAUUAUGCGGAAAUGAGGCCUCCCUCCAAAACUCAAAAGAUAUCUUCUAGUGGAGGUUCAUCCACCGCACGGAGUGUGACGAAAGGACCUUUGAACCUCUAUUUUUCACAAAAAUCAACACAAAAAGGAGGCUUAGAAAAAGGAGGAGGAAUCGAAGAAACAAAGAAAAUUCUAAGAGAGCGUGCAGUAAGUGCUUUUGCAAUUUGGAUGUAUGAUGCCGGGCUCCCUUUUAAUUGCGUCAAUCACAAAUCAUUCGAUAAAUUUAUUGAGGCGGUUGGACAACAUGGCCGCGGAAUGAAGCCUCCUACAUUCCAUGAAGUUAGAGUCACUCACCUUAAAAAAGAGGUGGAUAAAGUAGAAAAAAUUGUUGAUGAGCAUAAAGUGCAAUGGACAAAGUUUGGUUGUUCCAUUAUGAUGGACAAAUGGACGGCACGAAAUGGCAAAAUGAUCAUCAAUAUUUUGGUGAAUUCUCCAAUCGGUAGUGUAUUUCUUGGUUCGGUUGAUGCUAGCAAUGAAUCUACCGAUUCCACCAAAAUGUACAAGUUAUUUGAAAGCACUAUCGAAAGAAUUGGACCGGAAAAUGUGGUACAAAUUGUCACCGAUAAUGCUAGUGAGAAUGUCAAAGC